AUGAAAAGAUUUGACAUUCACGACCGGACGUAUCAGGCCUUGCCGGACGCCGUUGCGGAGCUUGGAUACAAGGAUGUUGAUGACAUCCACAAUGGCAUCUUCCAAAAGGCAUUUGGAACGGACCUUUCCUGCUAUGAGUAUCUCGUUCACCACCCCAAGCUUCAAGGGUAUAUGCAGGAUGCCAUGAAGCUCCAGCCGCCUGACGGCGACUGGCUGGCAGCGUUGCCCGUUAAAGACGAGGUUGAGACUUGGCAGGCCUCGAACCCCGACAGGGUUCUGUUCGUUGACAUUGGUGGAGGCAUGGGUCACCAAUGUAUCAGAUUCCGUGAGAGGUACCCGGAUAUUCCGGGCCGUGUCAUUGUGCAAGACAUGCCUAUCACGAUUGGCCGCAUUCCCAAGCCGAUGCCUUUCGCUGUUGAGCCCAUGGCACACACCUUUGAUGACCCCCAACCAAUCAAGAAUGCCAAGUACUAUUACAUGCGAAACGUUCUUCAUGGCCUACCCGACGAUCACUCUGUCUCGGUGCUGAAGAACAUCGCUUCGGCGAUGGACGCCGACUCGCGCCUCGUCAUUGACGAUCUCGUUGUUCCGGACGAGGGCGCUUGCAGACAAGCCUGUCAAUUGGACUUCAUCAUGAUGGCAUCAAUCGCUGGGAAGAAGCGGACAAAGGCCCAAUGGUACAAGCUGCUGGAAGCUGCUGGUUUUAAGAUCACUGGCAUCCACACUUACACCUGGCCACUCCAGGACUCUUUGAUCAUUGCUUCACCUGUCCAUUUGGGCUAG